CGAGAAGGUGGAAAUGGCUUUGUUCGCCGGGUGGCGCCCCUUCUCUAGCCAAUCGUUUCUCGCGCUUACAAGAUUGGAUUCCACGCGAGAAUCAGUCAGACACGUGAUCCAUUUCGCCCAAGAUUCUUCCUCUGAUCCCUUGGAUCGCACAACUUUCGACGACAGGAAUAGAGGCACCAAGAGACCACGAUGAAGGUCAGGGCGGAGCCGAUGCUGCGAACGGCAGCCAGGGCCGGUUUGUACGGCGCAUCUUCCUCGCGCUUGACUUUGACACCCAUCAGACACUUCUCGUCGUCUCGCGCGGCCUCUCGCUCGGUCCUCGACUCGCUCGCAGGCCUCGGAAACCGUCUCGGCAUCAACACAAAUCCUCUCUAUCGCGGUCUUGGCGCCAAGACACCCGAGGAAAAGGCCAAAAGGGCCCUCGAAGACUCGGUCCGCUCCGACCCUGAGAAAUCCAGAAGACGGCUCCUGCGAAAACGGUGGGGUGCGCCCAAGAUGAUCGAGGUGUCUUCUUCGACGCAGGGCGGCGCAGCAAAGAAGAGAGAAGCGAUACCGGCCCCGCCGAGAUUUGCAGGGCGGACAGCCAAGACGACGAGGCUCGAGGAGCGCGUUACGGAGCACAAGUACAGCACGGCUGCCUUUCGCAUCUCGCCCCGCAAGCUGAAGGUCCUGGCGGACCAGAUCGGUGGGGGUAAGCCCAUCGACUUUGCCAUCCUGCAGAUGCAGUUCAGCCCGAAGCGGGCGGCACGAAGAAUCAAGAGCACGCUUGCUCUGGCGCGGGACCAUGCAGUCGCAAAGGGAAUGGAGAGAAGCCGGCUCGUCGUGAGCGAGGCGUGGGUGGGCAAGGGCAUGAAGUUCAGGAAGAUGGAGCCAAAGGGAAGGGCACGGACAGGUGUCAGGGAGAGCUUCCAGAGCCGACUCUCCAUCGUGCUCCGUGAGGGAAAGACAUGGGACGAGAAGCAGAACGAGAAGCUGGCAAAGGAGAAGAAGAGGAUCCGAAGCAUCGGCACGGGAGGCGUUGUCAGGACCCAACGUCCCCUGGUCAACACAUUCCAGAGGCCAGGAUGGCAGUGGUGAACAUCCCUCUCUUCAUCUCGCUCCCUUCAUCUCGCUCCCUUCAUCUCGCUCAGAGGCGGUAAGAAAUAAUAUCAUCGAAAAAAAGUGCAUGUCUUCCAAUGUGUAUAUAGAGAUGGCCCCAGGAAGCUAUAUUUA